CUCUUAAUUGUUGGCGCCGUAGUGGUUGGUGGUUACGCCUCCUCGCCUGCGGCCUCGCAUUAACGGCAAGAAAUCUCCCCUGUGCUCCCCAUCAAUCCAGUCCUCCAGCGCUUGCCGAUCAGCACCCAAGACCGCAUCUUCAGCAUGCCAAUUAUAGGGUAGUGCCAUUAUGUGGAUCAUUAACAUCCUGCUUAGCUCGCUCGGUGGACUCCUCCUCCAGUCCUCUCCCCACUACUGACAGUCCCUACUUGGCCCCAUGGAGGACUGCUCGUCUUCGUCGCCGAUCCGUCGGAUUGCCGGACGCGUCCGUCUCCACUGGAUCCUGGUCUCGUUUUCGCCGCUCGCUUUUUACCUGGUCGGCCGUCGGCGAUUGCUGCCCGCUGCUGCGAGGCUUGACUUGUGGCGCUGGACUUUCGAUUUCGGCAAGACGCGUGACGUGUACAAGACGUGGCCUUGGCGUGUGCUGCCGACGGAUGAGUUCAGCAUGCUUGGAUCAUCCCGGUUACCUGCACGGUAGUGCUAGCAGUUAGUCUGAGUUUUUGGCGACUGCUCGUGGAUGCCGCCUGAGUAUCAAACAGCUAAUCAUGGUUGGGAUUUGGAGGAUCGGUCCGGGGUCAUGUGAUGGGGUUAGUGAGGAUACAACUAAGAGAAGGACCUCUAAAAGCAAAAGCUUCAAAGAUGUCGAAAAUUUUGAAGUUCUUGUCCUUGAAAAGAACUGUGAUUGCAAGUUCAAAUCUUUGAAGAUCAUGAUCAUAGCUAUCAUUUCUGCAACAGUUCUUACCCUUAUAACCCCAACCUUGUAUGAGCACCAAUUGCAGUCAGCCUCCCGGUACGUGGAUGUCGGUUGGAUGUGGGACAAAACAAGUUCUGACCCACGAUAUGCAUCAUCUGUUGAUGUUCAGUGGGACGAUGUAUAUAGAGCAUUGAGGAAUCUAAAAAGUGGUAAUCAAGAUCUCAAAGUUGGACUCUUGAACUUUAACAGCACCGAGUAUGGCUCUUGGACACAGUUGUUACCGGAUAGCCAUGUUUCCAUAAUAAGACUUGAGCAUGCCAAGGACAGCAUUACUUGGCAGACACUGUAUCCUGAAUGGAUCGAUGAGGAGGAAGAAACUGAGAUACCCUCUUGUCCAUCUCUCCCAGAGCCCAAUGUUCGAAAAGGUGUACGCUUUGAUGUCAUUGCCGUGAAGCUUCCUUGUACCCAUGUUGCGGGUUGGUCAAGAGACGUUGCACGGCUCCAUUUGCAGCUCUCAGCAGCAAAAUUAGCUGUGGCCUCUUCGAAGCGCAAUCACAAGGUCCAUGUGCUUUUUGUAAGCGACUGCUUCCCAAUUCCGAAUCUCUUCCCGUGCAAGAACCUUGUGAGACAUGAAGGCAAUGCUUGGUUAUAUAGUCCUGACUCGAAAGCAUUAAGGGAAAAGCUCAGGCUUCCAGUCGGAUCCUGUGAGCUUGCUGUUCCGCUCAAAGCAAAAUCGAGACUUUUCUCAGUAGAUCGAAGAAGAGAAGCAUAUGCAACAAUACUGCAUUCAGCAAGUGAGUAUGUCUGCGGUGCUAUCGCAGCAGCUCAAAGCAUUCGCCAAGCAGGAUCAACUAGGGAUCUGGUCAUCCUUGUUGACGAGACCAUAAGUGAUCACCACCGCAGAGGAUUGGAAUCUGCAGGGUGGAAGGUCAGAAUAAUCCAAAGAAUCAGGAAUCCAAAAGCUGCGCGUGAUGCUUACAACGAGUGGAACUACAGCAAGUUCAGGUUGUGGCAGCUGACUGACUACGACAAGAUCAUCUUCAUCGAUGCUGACCUCCUCAUCCUAAGGAACGUUGACUUCCUGUUCGCGAUGCCAGAGAUCACUGCAACUGGCAACAACGCAACGCUCUUCAACUCCGGCGUCAUGAUCAUAGAGCCUUCCAACUGCACGUUCCAGCUGCUGAUGGACCACAUCAACGAGAUCACGUCGUACAAUGGCGGAGACCAAGGUUACCUGAAUGAGAUUUUCACAUGGUGGCACCGCAUCCCCAAGCACAUGAACUUCCUGAAGCACUUCUGGGAGGGCGACAGCGAGGAGAUGAAGGCGAAGAAGACUCAGCUGUUUGGUGCAGAUCCCCCGGUCCUCUACGUUCUCCACUACCUGGGCCUGAAGCCAUGGCUGUGCUUCAGGGACUAUGACUGCAACUGGAACAAUCCCCCGAUGCGCGAAUUCGCUAGUGAUGUCGCGCACGCCCGGUGGUGGAAGGUGCACGACAAGAUGCCCCGGAAGCUCCAGUCCUACUGCCUCCUGAGGUCACGGCAGAAGGCCGGGCUGGAGUGGGACCGGAGGCAGGCUGAGAAGGCCAACUCUGAAGAUGGCCAUUGGCGCCGCAACAUCACUGACUCCAGGCUGAAGACCUGCUUUGAGAAGUUCUGCUUCUGGGAGAGCAUGCUCUGGCAUUGGGGCGAGAACAAUAACAGGACGAAGAGCAGCCCCGCUACGACGGUGACGACGGCGAGCUUGGCAAGCUCAUGAUCUGUAGAUAUACAAACAACUUCCCAUAUGGCAAGCAUACAUGCAUAGCAAUAGCUCGUAUAGGUACCUAUGCUUAGGUCUUUGCUAUACAAAAUACACCCCUCCCUGUUGCUGUCAUGGCUGCAGCUCUAUGUCAGCUGCCGGCCUGCCUCGAUGGCUAACGAUUCUUUUGGGUUGGCUGAGAUAAUAAGUUACUGGUACAUGUAAAUUUCCCUGCUGAAAUUCUGUGAGCGUGAGUGAGAAAUGCAUUUGUACAGGGCGCCAGUUAUUAAGCGGUUACUGCAUGGAAAAUAUGGCUAGUUGUACAGUGUA